AUGACUUUCUCAUUAAGUGUAAAUUGCAAGGUGUUUUAUGAUGUAGCUCAAAAAUUUAAGAGACAAGUUGCCUUCAAGAACAUUUCCACAAGAAUUUAUCAAAAAUUUUAUGGGAUUGGUACACAUAUAACAGACCAUUUACACAAUCCAUUCUAUAAGUUUGCUAAAAGAAGAUAUUGUGAGCAAUAUAAAGAUGACAAUGGCUGUUUGCGAGUGACAACCGAAAUAGAUAGCACAAUUGUUGAAAUGGAACCUAAAUACACAGAGAAACAAAAUGUUACUACUAUUAAAAUCAAUAUUACAACCACAACACCGGAGCCGAUGGUUGACGCUUUGUACGUGCAAACGAUCAUCGAAAUGCAUAGCGAUCAUUUCAAAGUUAUAGACGAUGUUAAUAAAGUUCAAAGUACAACGCCAUAUUUAGAAUUAAAUAAUGUAAACGCUCGAAAUAUGAGUGAAUUUAGAAAACCUUAUCAACAUAAAUGUGUAGGUGCUAGAGGGUAUCACUUUCCAUGUUAA